GUGUGUUCAGCCCCUCCUGGGAACAAAGUCCCUCCAGCAGUGCGAGGCAGGGCCUGCACUUCCUGGCUGGAAGCUGGGACCCACAGCCCCAGUGCCCAAGGGUAACUGGACAGUUGGAAGGCAAAUCUUUGUGAUACGCCAGCAUAAAAAGCAUCUUCCUUCAUCUGUGGGAACAGCAGUGUGUCCCUGCAGCACUGGCAUUUCCUGCCACCGCAAGCAGCCCUUGAUGGGGGCAGAAAAAGGGACUUGAGGCAAAGAACGGGCAUAACUGAACCCCUGCGGCUCCUCUCACAAAGCUGUGGCUGCCUCAGCCCUGCCCUUGCUCCCCCUGUGCCAAGCCUGCUGCAUGCUCCCGGAAGGCUGCCCCGACACCCUGGAAAUGCAAUGGUGACAUAUCCUCCGUGUGGAUCGACCCUGCUCGGUGCUGAGCACUGUCAAUAACCCCACACCAGUGGCACCACGCAGCAUGGGGCUGUUGUGCCAUGCAUGCCUCUUGCUGGCACUCACCCUGGCCCCGCUGGGCACCAGCACCUGGGAGUGCCCUCGCAUCCCUUACAGCUCCACCAGGAACUUCUCCGUACCCUACACACUGCCUAGCCUUGAUGCUGGCAGCCCCGUGCAGAAUGUUGCCAUCUUCACUGACUCCACCGGCCCAGCCGCCAUCUUUGUGGCUGUCCGCAACCGCAUCCUACUGGCCAGCCUCGAGCUGCACCUCCUCUCAGUCCUCAUCACUGGCCCAGUGGGCAGCGCUGAGUGUGAGAUCUGCCACCUGUGCCCGGCUGCCACGGAUGGCCCUGAAGACACAGACAAUGUCCUGCUGCUGCUGGACCCGCUGGAGCCAUGGCUGUACAGCUGUGGCAUGACACAGCACGGGCUGUGCUACCAGCACCAGCUGGAGGUGCAGGAUGGUAAGGUGGCCAUCACAGCCACGCACUGCCUGUACUCGGCUACAGGCAACAGACCCAUGUCCUGCCCUGACUGUGUGGCCAGUCCCCUGGGAACCAGUGCCACUGUGGUGGCCACCUCCUACGCCUCUUUCUUCUACCUCGGUUCCACCAUUAACAGCAGCGUGGCAGCACAGUACAGCCCACAAUCGGUGUCCGUCCGCAGGCUGAAGGGCACCUUGGAUGGCUUUUCAGAUGACUUCCAGUGGCUGACGGUGCUGCCACGCUACCGCGACAACUACACCAUCCAUUACAUACACUCGUUCACUGAUGGGGACCACGUCUACUUCCUGACUGUGCAGCCGGAGCGGCCAGGCUCGUCAGUGUACCACACGCGCCUGGCACGGCUCAGCACCCAUGAGCGUGACCUCCGCCACUACCGCGAGCUUGUCCUCGACUGCCGCUUCGAGUCCAAGCGGCGGCGGCGUAGCAGCGAGGAGGAUGCUGCACGGGAUAUUGCUUACAACGUGCUGCAGGCUGCCCAUGCCACCCGCCCAGGCACCCGCCUGGCCCACGACCUUGGCAUCAAUGACACCGACAUGGUGCUCUUUGGUGCCUUUGCUGAGAGCCAGCCGGAGAGCCGGGUGCCACGAGAGGACUCAGCUGUCUGCGCCUUCCCCCUCCACCUCCUCAACCAGGCCAUGGAGGAGGGUAUGGAAAAGUGCUGUGGCACUGGGCACCAGUCACUGCUGCGGGGGCUCAGCUUCUUCCAGCCAGUGGAGUACUGCCCGCACAACGUGAACCUCUCAGCGCCAGUGGCCAACACCAGCUGCUGGGACCAGCCCACCCUCAUCCCCACCACCUCCCGUAAGGUGGAUCUGUUCAAUGGGCACCUGGCCGGCGUCCUCCUCACCUCCAUCUUCGUCACUGCCCUGGGGGACGUCACUGUGGCCCACCUGGGCACGGCGGAGGGACGCAUCUUCCAGAUGGUGCUCCAGCGCUCCAGCUCCUACCUCCUCACCUUGGCCAACUUCUCCCUGGGGGAGCCGGGGCCGGUGCGGGGUGCCAUGGGGCUGCAGAACCACUUGCUGUUCUUCACCGCUGGCACCAAGGUGUGGCGCCUGAACGUCACUGGCCCUGGCUGCCGCCACUUCUCCACGUGCCAGCGCUGUCUGAGGGCUGAGCACUUCAUGGGCUGUGGCUGGUGCGGGGAUGGGUGCACGCGCCGCCACGAGUGUGCUGGCCCCUGGGUCCAGGACAGCUGCCCGCCCAUCCUCACCGAUUUCCAUCCCCGGAAUGCCCCACUGAGGGGCCAAACACGGGUGACACUCUGCGGCAUGACCUUCCGCUCGCACCUGGACCCUGACCCCCGCCACAGCCCCCCUGGCACCUACCGGGUAGCAGUGGGACAGCGAGGCUGUGCUGUGCUGCCAGAGGAGAGCAGGAGCCACAGACCCUUGCCCAACUCCCGCCACAAGGACUUCGUGGAUGUGCUGGUGUGUGAGCUGGAGCCGGGAGGCCUGACAGCAACAGGGGGCCUGGCUGACGUAGUGCUCACCGUGGAGGAACCUGCCAGACCCUCUGGCUUCUAUGUCCAUGGCUCAGCCACUCUCAGCGGCUUUGUCUUUGUGGACCCCCACAUCAGGACCCUGCACCCCCUGUUUGGCCCCCAGGGGGGUGGCACCCAUCUGUCCCUGCACGGCACCCACCUCUCGGCAGGAAGCAGCUGGCGGGUAAUGGUCAAUGGCUCCGAGUGCCCCCUGGUCAGGCAGCCCAGGCAGGGUGAUGAGGUGAUUUGGUGCACAGCUCCCACUGCCAGUGGCCUGGGUGCAGCCUGGGUGGCCCUGUGGAUUGAUGGGGAGGAGUUCCCAGCCCCCCAGCCCUUCCAAUACCGCCCUGACCCCUUUGUAUCAGCCAUCAUCCCCAGCUGCAGCUAUGAGGGCUCAAUGCUCACUAUCAUCGGCACCCACCUGGACUCAGUGUAUCGCACCAAGAUCCACUUUGAAGCCAGUGGUGUGAAGACCAAAGCCACAGAGUGUGAGGAUCCGCAGGCACCAGGGCAGGUGCUGUGUCGCAGCCCGGCUUUCCCCUUUGAGAGCAAGGUGGAGAUGGCACCAGGGAACCUGAGUGUGCUGCUGGAUGGUGCUGCUGGCCGCUGGCUCUUCCGCCUCUGCUACUACCCCCAGCCCAAGGUCUUCCCCUUGGAUCAGGAAGGCAGGCACCUCCGCCUCAAGCCUGGUGACGAUGAGAUUGAGGUGCAUCAACUGGGGUUGGACACCGUGGCUACCUGCAUGAACAUCACCAUGACGGUGGGGGGCCAGGACUGCUACCCCACUGUGCUGAAGAAUGAGGUGACAUGCCGCCUGCCCCGUGAGCUGCGCCUGACCCCAGCUGGGGCCCCCGUAGAGAUCUGCGUAAAUGGUGCUUGCAAGGCGCUGGGCUGGGUGCUGCCCCCUGCCUUCUCGCUGGACCUGGCCACCAGCCUGGCCCUUGGCACUGGCAUCACCUUCCUGGUCUGCUGCAUCCUGGCCACUGUGCUGCUCUGCUGGCGCUGGAGGAAGCAAGGGGGGACGGAGAACCUGGAGCUGCUGGUGCAUCCCAGCCACAGUGACCCCCCAGCCACCACCCAGCACCCUGGUGUCGACUACAGGGAAGUGCUAGUGCUGCCCACGGCAGGCAGUCCUGGCCCAGUGGGGCUCCGGGCACACUUUGCCGGUGCCAGUGCUGGUGCAGGCAUGGCGGGCGGUGGCUCCCCCGUGCCCCUGCUCAGGCCCACGUCCUGCUGCCUUGAGGACCUGCGGCUGGAGCUGCUGGAGGAGGUGAAGGACAUCCUCAUCCCCGAGGAGCGGCUUGUCACCCACUGCCACCAGGUCAUUGGCAAAGGGCACUUUGGCAGUGUCUAUCACGGCACAUACGUGGACCCACUGCUGGGGGACAUCCACUGCGCUGUCAAGUCCUUGCACCGCAUCACAGACGUGGAGGAGGUGGAGGAGUUCCUGCGUGAGGGCAUCCUCAUGAAGAGCUUCCACCACCCUCAGGUGCUCUCACUGCUGGGGGUGUGCCUGCCCCGCCAUGGGCUGCCCCUUGUUGUCCUCCCCUACAUGCGCCAUGGGGACCUGCGCCACUUCAUCCGCACCCAAGAGCAGAGCCCCACGGUGAAGGACCUCAUCGGCUUUGGGCUGCAGGUGGCCCUGGGCAUGGAGUACCUGGCCCAGAAGAAGUUUGUGCAUCGGGACCUGGCAGCCAGGAACUGCAUGCUGGAUGAGACACUGACGGUGAAGGUGGCUGACUUCGGGCUGGCACGGGAUGUGUUUGGCAAGGAGUACUACAGCAUCCAGCAGCAUCGCCAUGCCAAGCUGCCUGUGAAGUGGAUGGCAUUGGAGAGCCUCCAGACCCAAAAAUUCACCACCAAGUCAGACGUGUGGUCCUUCGGGGUGCUCAUGUGGGAGCUGCUGACACGGGGGGCAUCCCCAUACUCUGGGGUGGACCCCUAUGACAUGGCCCGCUACCUGCUGCAGGGGAGACGUCUGCCUCAGCCCCAACACUGCCCUGACACCCUGUAUAGGGUAAUGCUGAGCUGCUGGGCACCAGCGCCUGAGGAGAGGCCAUCCUUCACGGGGCUAGUGGGUGAGCUGGAGCGUGUCCUGGCCACACUGGAGGGCGAGCACUAUGUCAACCUAGCUGUCACCUAUGUCAACCUGGAGUGCGGUCCUCCCUUCCCCCCCGCGUCCCCGGGGCAGCUGCCCAAUGGUGAGGAUGAGGACAAGGACAACAAGGAGGAGGAGGAAGAGAAGGAAGAAGAAGAGAUGGAGGACACAGCCUUGUGUUGAUGGGGUGCCCUGCACCAUGGGGGCUCCCACACCCCUGUACACCAUGGGUGCACUCUCCCUAGGAGGGAUGCAGGGCACAGCCAGGUGCUAUAGGACACCAUCUCUAUGGGAUGGGUGCUGGGAGGCAGCUGGGUGCUGUGGGGUGCUCUCCCAUUGCUCACACCCAGACCCUGCUGGGUCCUCCCCAGGCUUGGUCCUGGUGUGGGGCUCAGUCCUACACUAGCUAGGUGCUGGGGAGCUCAGCCCCACACUGGUGAGGUGUGGUGUGGGACCCCAGCAUAGCCCCAGUGGGUGCCAUGGGGUGACCUGACCCACCCAUGCGUCCUGUGGGUUUCCAACCCCUUGGCUGCUCAAAUUGCUUAUUAAAACCUAAUGAU